AUGCUGGCCCUGGCCGGGUCUCUGGUUGUUAUGAUUUUGGCUAAUCACAAGAAGCUGAUAUAUGCCUUGGGUAAUGUCAACGCAACGCUAAUCGCGACAUCACGGCCAGUACCAGGACGAGGUGGAAAUCUCCUUAUGAAGGGACAAUUUCGAGGGUUUCCAAUCUUCAUCAUCCAUCUAUUGGCCAAAGUGUUUCUCCUCUCGCGAUUCACUAUAGAAGAAACAGAUGUCUUCCGACUUUUGGUCUUGAACGUGGCGACAGAGAUGCUACUUUCAACCCUUAAAGGAUAUAUUGUGCAUACAAUUCUCGCCCAGCCAUCGCAGAUUCCAUUCUAUCGACGUGUUCUUAGCUGGUCAGUAUGGUGGAAGACCUUCCCGGCUACACUACUAUACAGCACCGCCUCAAGCGUGUGCUUCUAUCUCACCGUCGAUAUGUUUAUUCAGAUCCUCAGAUCUGGAGAUGAUUUCGAUGGUAUGGAGCGAAGGGCAAUCGGCGCCUUUCUAGUGAUGUCCAUUGUCUAUUUCUUGGCUGUGGUUCCUACCUACGCCAUCUUCAUUCGAGUGGCUGCAUCUGCAGUACACGUACAGGCAGGUUCCAGCGCGCGGAGAACUCAACCGACGGGGAGUAUCAAGAGUGGCUGGGAAAGUUUCCACUGGCCUGAUCGUUGGAGCUUUACUGGAAUUCUUGCCACGGUUCUUUUCUAG